UGAUCAUCAUUCGACAUGCAUGGAGUAAAGCGGGAUCGAUCGAAGCUUACGGCAGAACUUAAAGCACAAAAGAAAGAAAAAGAAGCGAAAAAGUUGCAGGUCUAUCUCGACAUCGAAAAACGAUUCUUUACAAAGAGGGAUGCAAAUGAAUUAAAUCAAGAUGCAUUGGAAACAACGACUGAAUUAUUGAGUCUUAAUCCAGAGCUAUAUUCAGCAUGGAAUUUUCGUAGAAAGAUACUCAGUCAUCUCUUCCAACAAAACCGCGAACAAGAUGCAGAACAACCACCAAAAGACUUCUUUGCAAGUUUGCGGAUAGAUGCAGAAAAGGAAGGAGAAUCACUCACAGAAAAGGAUCCGAAGAGCGAACGAAAGCGUCAGCUGCUACAAGAAGAUCUUGAACUCACUAUACAAGCGCUACAAAUGCAUCCAAAAGUGUAUUGGAUAUGGAAUCAUCGAAAAUGGUGCUUGCAGGAAUUACCCUCUGAAGAUGCAGAUGGUCUCGUAAAGUGGAAACAUGAGAUAGGAAUGGUGAACAAGAUGCUCGAGCUUGAUGCUAGGAACUUCCAUGGGUGGGACUAUCGGCGGUACAUCCAGUCUCAGCUGGCCUUACCCGUUUCUCUUAGGAAGGAUUACAAUGGCGCUCCCUUUCCUCGCUCUUUAUUGGAUGCUGACCUCCCAACAGAGCUAAGAAAGUAUCAAGAAAAGCUCGCCAAUGAUGAGCUCGCAUACACGCUGGCAAAGAUUGAAUCCAACUUUUCCAAUUUCAGUGCUUGGCAUCAGCGGUCACUUUUAUUACCUGCAAUCUGGUCAUCACAACAUUUGAGUGAACAACAACUUCGUGCAAAGAGGGAUGAAGAAUUUGAACUCAUCCGACAAGCAAUGUUUGUCGAUCCGGACGAUCAAAGCGUUUGGACUUAUCAUGAUUGGUUGAUCAACCUUGAUCCAGCUUUGGACGUUUUGGAUCGUGAAAUUGAAUCUAUUGGUGAAUUGCUCGAAUUGGAACCGGAUAGUAGAUGGUGCAUGCAAUCACUAGCAAAUUACCUCACACAACGAAGGAAAGAAGGUGAUCUGCAAGAGGCAGAAACGUUGCUCGGUCGACUCAUGGUGAUUGAUGCAGAUCGCAAAGAACGCUAUGCAGAUGAGCAGAGGACGCUGAAGGCUUAAUCUCCUUGACGAAUAACACUGUACAUUAUGCAAUUUAUUAUGC